UAACUAACCCUUUGUCAACCUGCAGGUCAAGCAGGCCCAAGCGACCCUGAAAUUAUUCUGUGUAAAAAUGAUUAAUUAGGGCAAAAUUGAUUUGUGAUUCUUUAACUAAUUUAUGAACCAUUUUGAUCCCAUAUGCAUAGAUUGCUGAUGAAUUAGAACGAGUGAAUGAGAAAUUGAGAAUGGAGAAGAACAAGUACAGCAUCAUAGUCCCAACCUAUAACGAACGCCUCAACAUUGCCCUCCUCGUCUACCUCAUCUUCAAGCAUCUCCGGGACGUUGACUUUGAGAUAAUCAUCGUUGACGAUGGAAGCCCUGAUGGUACUCAGCAGGUUGUCGAGCAAUUGCAGCAACUCUAUGGUGAAGAUCGGAUUCUGUUGAGAGCUAGAGCUAAGAAGCUUGGAUUAGGAACGGCUUACAUUCAUGGUUUGAAGCAUGCGUCUGGGAAUUUUGUCGUGAUCAUGGACGCGGAUUUAUCACACCAUGUAAGUAUUAGUAUGUCUUUAGGAUGUUCAUGAUUAUUGUUCAAGAUU